AUGUACGAGGAUUCGUUCUCCGACAGCGACCCUCCCAGGGAGCUUGUCCUGUGUUUCGACGGCACGGGCAACACCUUCCGCGCAGAUGGCGGCGAGAGUAACAUUCUCAAGAUCUUCCGAAUGCUCGACAGAACGAAACAGAAUCGAUCUGGCAUUGGAACAGACAUCACGCCUGGUACGGUCGCCAACCUCGCCAUCCGCCCCAGCAACAGCAUGUGGACACAAAAGGCCUUUGACCUGGCGCUGGCCACCUCCUUCGACCAACACGUCAUCCGAGGCUACCGCUUUCUCGCUCGGCGCUGGGUGCCCGGCGCGAAAAUCUACCUUUUCGGCUUUUCUCGAGGUGCCUACACCGCUCGUUUCCUGAAUGAGAUGCUCGACUAUGUCGGACUCAUCUCCGCCGACAAUGAAGAGAUCAUCCCCUUUGUGUGGGAAGCUUUCACGCGGUGGAAAUUCUCGGAACGCAAGGAUCAUGCGGAACGCGCGAAUGCAAUGCGGUUUCUGAGUAUCAGUCGCGAGACCAUGUGUCGGCCGGUUGGACAGGUGCAUUUCCUGGGAUUAUUCGAUACCGUCAACAGCGUGGCAGAAUUCAACAAGGAAAGCUGCACACAUCCAAGCCCGCGCACCAUGCGGCACGCAGUCAGCAUUGAUGAGCGGAGAAUCAAGUUCCAACCCGUCCUGUUCGAGAGCCAGCUGGGCACCGGAUCUCUCAAGAGGAAAAUGAGCGUGAGCGCGUGGAGAAAGGAGGUUGGCGACGAAGGCGAUGUCGAUAGUGAUCAGACCGACUUCGAAGCGGAUUUCGAGGAGGUGUACUUCGCAGGAAACCACGGAGACGUUGGCGGAGGAUGGGUGGGCGAGUCAUGGCCUGCCAGCCAUAUUCCGCUCAUGUGGAUGGUGCAGGAAGCCAUCCAGGCUGGGCUCACAUUUGAAGAACUCAAGAUCGACAAGUUGGGCUGCCACGACCCAAUGGAGAGUGAGAGCGCAAAGAACUGCCGGAUCGUCCAGGAAGCAGAGAGAGCCAUGCUGCACGACUCGUUGGAUUAUGACUCCGGGAGAGGACUUGAAACCCUUUUUUGGCGGGUGCUGGAAUGGUUCCCAUUCAAACGACCCAAGGUCGCGCCGGACGGUUCAGUUCACAUGACUCGAUGGCACACAAGAGGCAUGAGACGGCCGCUUCCUAAGGAAGCCAAAAUCCAUGGCAGUGUCAUUCGAAGGUUACGGGCCGACCCGGAAUACAGACCUUUCAACUUAGGGCUGGGAAACAAGCCGAACGACAUGCAGAAAGCGGAAGAGGAUCGGGACAUCGGACAAUGGAGGCAAAUCGAGGGCAAUGGGUUGCGCGAUUAUUGGGUCAAAGUAUAG